CCUCCCUGCCUGCCUCCUUCCCCGCCCCGCACAGCUGGAGGGCCAUGCGAGGGAAAGAGGCCACGCUUCCCAAACUUCCUGCCCCACUUUCUCAGCAGCCGGCUGCCAGGAGCUGAGGCAAGGGGACGCCGCGGACGGAGAAGGAGAAGAGGGAGCGCUCCCUGAAGUCGAGAGCGGCGACUCAGUCCUCCUCCUCUUCCUCGGGCCAUGGGCGAGCCUCGGGAGAAGCCCCCCGCGGGCGGCGGCGGCAGCGGAGGAGGGCUGGGCCGGGUGGCCGUGGGUCUCUCGCUGCUCUUCUCGCUGCUCUCGGUGGGCGCCUGCCUCCUCCUCAGCGCCAAGACCUCCCGGCUGCAGGGCCGGCUGCUGGCCCUCGAGGAGGAGCUGGUGGCCGGACGGAGCCCCGCCGCAGAGAGCCCGCUCGCAGGGCAGCCUUGGCUCGCCGCCCUCCAGCCUCAGGUGGACGAGCUUCUGCGGGAGAAACUGAAUGAAGGAUUAGCCAAACUACGCACAGCAAGAGAAACACCAUCUGAAUGCAGAUGUCCACCAGGUCCACCAGGAAGGCGAGGAAAGCCUGGACGGCGAGGAGAGCCAGGUAAGCCCUUAUAUCUUGUGAAUUAAUUAUAGUAAAUUAUAUACAUUGAGAAGAG